AUGGCAAUGACAAAUAGCAAAACACAAGGUUUUAUAGAACCAACAUGGGAUAAAUGGAAACAAAAUGCUAUCACUGUAGCUGGUGGAAAUGGACAAGGACAAGAAUUAAAUCAACUGAAUGGUCCUAUAGGAAUUUUUAUCGAUAAAAAGAAAAGUAUUAUCAUUGCUGAUUGGAUGAAUCAUCGUAUUGUUCAAUGGAAAUAUAAUGCAAAAGAAGGAAACAUUAUUGCAGAUAGAAAUCGGAUGCAUCAAUUGGAUCUACCAACAGAUGUGAUUGUUGAUCAACAAAGUCAUUCGAUUAUCAUUGCUGACCAAGGAAACAGACGAGUUAUUCAAUAUUCGAAUCAAACUCAACAAAUUCUCAUUGAUAAUAUUGGCUGUUGUGGCUUAGCAAUGGAUAAAUAUGGAUUUCUUUAUGUUUCUGAUGGAAAGAAAAAUGAAGUGAGACGUUGGAAAAUGGGAGAAUAUAACAGUGAAGGAAUUGUAAUAGCAGGUGGAAACGGACAAGGAAAUCAGCUUAAUCAACUCAACUAUCCUACUUUUAUCUUUGUCGAUGAAAAUCAAUCUGUUUAUGUAUCAGAUUGGAACAAUCAUCGUGUGAUGAAAUGGAGAAAAGAUGCAAAAGAAGGGAAAGUUGUGGUUGGAGGAAAUGGUCGAGGAGAAAAUCUCAACCAAUUGUGGUUUCCUCGAGGAUUGUUUGUUGAUCAUCUCUGUCAAAUCUAUGUGGCAGAUUACGGAAAUCAUCGAGUGAUGCGUUGGUGUGAAGGAAAAGAACAAGGUGAAAUUAUUGUUGGAGGAAAUGAUGAAAGAAAUCAACUGAAGUAUCCCCGUGGUUUAUCUUUUGAUGAUGAAGGAAAUCUUUAUGUUACUGAGAGUUUUAAUCAUCGAAUUGUAAAAUUUGAAAUACUCUUGUGA